UUUCCAACGAUCAUCAAAAUGAACUCUCUGAGAGAUGAAGGGGCCGUUGACACGAAUUAUCUCAUUCGGUUGUUCCUUGACACGCCAGCCGAGGCAACGCCUCAUGUGGGUGCUAGUCUCGUUGCACGCCUGGCAGCAGGGACAAUGGCUGUGUUUCAAGACAUACAAAAAGGUCCGAUUGACGGAGUCGAACGAGAUUCAGAGUCUCAAUCGUAUCUUGUCAGUCUUGGAAGGAGUUCUGACAGACUUCGACUCUGGUCAGACGGAUACGGAAUUUCCAGUGGAGCCUCCGAUGACCUAUUUGAGCGAUCUAGUCGACUGCGAGGUGCAACGCUUGAAAUUCUAUCCAGUAUAGGUUUGGUUCUUACUGAGAGACUUGUAGCAUCAACUUUUGGGGCGGGCCUUCUUGGGAAGACGCAACCUCCAGAGAGUUUCACAGCCAAGGUAGAACAGCUGCGGCAACUGCUACAAGAGGCCGAAGACGCCGUAGCAAAGAGUGAAUCUUCGACUGAAUCAUCCGAUUACGACGAUGACGAUAUCAAACAAAUCACUGCAGAUCUCGAAACAGACACCAGAAGUUUGAUGGAACUCGAUACCUUAUUCUCUGAACCUAUUCUGGAUAUUGGACACAUGAAGCAAUCUCUUCCGUCGUCUUUGCACAAAUGGGAACCUCAUGAAUCUUACAAACAUAUCAUCACCAACAGAUUUCCAAAGGCAGAUGAUGGGCUCAUUACCAGUCUGGGAAAAGCCAAUUAUGAGCGAUUCCUGAGAGGUCAAGAGCAGAGAAACAUUAGUUCCCGGACACCUCUGGAACCUGUCAUGUUGCAAGAGAUCGAGAAUUCAGACGCUGCUAGUUCUAAAUUCAACGAUUCGGGCAUUGGAUCAUCCCUUCCUUCAUCUUACGCGGAGACAAUUAUGUCGUACCACGGUGGUGAAGGGAUCUCAAUACGAUUACCAUCCCUACCCAAGUCGGCCAAGAACGGUUCAGUUUUUCUGUGUAUAGCAUGCGGCCUGCCAACCCUUAUACAAAGCGACUUGGCAUGGAAGCGACACUUAUUCAACGACUUGCAGCCUUGGCAAUGCUUAGAGCCCUCAUGUGGGCACAAGGAAAUCUUCAGCACUCGUGAGGACUGGGCCUCACAUCUUGCUCUCGAACACUUCGGGCCCGAGUGGAAAGAAGCCGAGUGCCCUUUGUGCCGGAAUGACACUGGCAGUGGCAAAAUCACUAUUCUCAAACACCUCGGGGGUCACCUUGAGGAGAUUUCUCUUGCUGCUCUGCCUUCAAAGUCUGAUACGGAGACAGAAACCCAUGCUUCAGACCUCAGUCAGAUGCCACCCAUAACUGAGUACGACGGUACGAUAAGCGACAUAGACGAGAGUAAUGAUCUAGCACCAGAGAUCGGCGUUGCAGACUUGUCUCAUAUGGAACAAAUUAGACAGGGAAAAAAAGAGCCGGUCACUUUCGACGAAGCUAUGGGCUUUGUUGACAAAGUCAAACGCCAAAAACCUGAGGUUUACAAAGAUUUCUUGCAUUUGCUGCGAGAAUAUCAAGAGGACGGCCUCCCGAUCCGAGAAGUCUAUUCUAGAGCGACAGGUAUCUUUUCGGCUGAUCCUGAAUUGGUGGAAGGUUUCAAGAAAUUUUUGCCAGAAUCAGCUGAGCUUCGCACUGUAGGAAAGCCCGGAUUCAUUAUCAAUCAUCCUAUUCUGAGUACCUCUGUACCGUCCGGGGUUAUGGCUAACCCUACGGGACAUCUUACCAAUGAGGACGCUAGAGAGUUGUCCGAAGGAUUAGCCAUUUUAGAGGCCAGGCAGGAACGUUUACACCGAGCUUUAGAAGAGUUGGGAAGGUGACACUUUUGAUUUUUCAGGGAGGUGAACAUAUCAGGAAGGAGGGAAGAGAGAUGAG